AUGGCCGACUACAAAGUGCAGUUCCCUCCCUUGGACUCAACUAUCUCGCCACCUGUUCAAAUUCUUGAAGCGGCUGGCGUGAGAUACUGCGUGGUUGGAGAUCUCGUCAUUAUGGCCCUUGGCGGUCCCUUGGUCCUGACUGACCUCUACCUUGCGGUUGCAGACGACCAACUGGAGUUGGCCAGGUCUGCCCUGGGCUCACAUGGGUUUGACGAGCUGCCCCAGACACACCGCCGGUUCUUUGACAGUGAUGCAGCCAAGGAAAGUCCGACAGGGUGGCCUGGCUAUCGUUUUUUACCUCACGAAGCCGGUCCUGACGAAGGGCCCGAUAGGUACUGGGCCACAAGCACGAUCAUAAUACCAGCAACCCUUUGGCAUCUCGAUUUGAGUCCAGAAUCCUGGACAAUGAUUGAUGCUGUUGCUGAGCGCCAUGGCGAUGAGGGGCUGAACGGUGAAAUUACCGGCUACUUUAAAAUCCAAUAUGCUUACCUGCUGAGUGUCCUCCUCGACGAUGUUCUCGCAUGCCUUCCAGUCGAGGAUCGAUUCUUCGUCGACUUAUUCGGCAAGGUCAUUCUCUACAGCGCCAAAAAGAAGGUCUGUUAUUUGAGACAGCAGAUCCGAGCCGGCCUUACAACUCCUGAAACGGCAAAGACUCUCGUGUCCAGAAAAUACCUAGAGAUCGCAGCCCUAAAAGCAAAGCAUCGCAAGCCCGGCCAAGAGGCCAACGGUGGGAAACCUGCCCUCAGAUUUCCACUUGAUUCCUCCAACAUCCCUCAGCAUCAAGCAGCAAAUGGGUGA